UAGAGGCAUAAUACGCCGUCGAAGUACUUUAAAACGCAUCGUUUUGGACUUCAAAUUUCUUUAUUUUUCUAAUUUAAAUUUAUAUAUAUAAUAUAUAAGGUAUUAAAUUUCUGUACUUCCCAACACUUGUCAAAAUUACAGUUGAAGACUGACAAAUGAAUAGCGUCUGAAGAUUUGUUGUUGCGAUGUAAGCGUUAUUGCUUUUUGCUCUGGGGCAUUUAUUAUGUUUCAAAAUCUCCGCAGUAUGGCUCUUGUGAGUGUUCCUGCUCUCCAAUUCAUGACUUGUGAUAUCUUUGGAAAUCACUCAAAAGCUUUUAACUUUCUCCCUGUACGAACUACCAAUUUUCAGGUGAUGACGUUGGUGGCGAAACGAAGGGCAAAUACUCGGAAAGAAACUGCAAAAACCAUAAACAUAAGAAGGCGAAAGAAGUUUAAUGGCACAUCUACAAAACCGCGGCUGUCAGUGUUCUGUUCAACUAAGCAGUUAUACGCUAUGCUGGUAGAUGACCAAAACAAGAAGUGUUUAUUUUAUGGAAGCACUUUGCAGAAAUCUUUGCGUGACAAUCCCCCUCGUAGCAAAAUGGAAGUUGCUGAAUGUCUUGGUGAAGAACUUGUUAAGGCUUGUGUAAAUCUUAAUAUUAAUGAAAUAUCAUCUUAUGAUUGCAAUGGUUAUCCUCGAGGGGAAAGAAUACAAGCGUUUGAGAUUGCAAUUUCCCGGCAUGGAUUCUUACCAAGAUAGUUAUGUAACGAAUAUACAUAUUGCAGUAAUUUUUUUUUAAUUUUUUUUAUGCACUAUGGAAAGUGGAUGUAAUCUCCACAUAAAAUUGCAAAGGAGGACCAAAAAAAUUUUAUUUUUUUGAUCCAACUUAUUUGGUGUUAAGACGUGACUAUUGGAAAGAAAUUAAAUUUAAAUUUGGGCUUUUUAUAGCAAAAUUUCUCUUACAUUUUUCUCUAC